AGAGUCUCUUCUGAUGUGUACUGUUGUUUGAGCUGCUCCAAGAUUUUCGCUUUGAUUAGGAAUGUUAUUUCUUGCUCAAUUUUGCUGCAUCCAAUCAAGACUAUCAGUAGUAAUGGGUGCAAAUGACAUGACUGCGAUGCCAUCUGAUAUUUUGGAUUCAGACAUGCAAAAACCUCUGAAUGCAGAUGCAUACAACUCCAAUGAUGUUGGAGAGAUACAGAAUGCCUUGGAAGUGUCAUCUGAAGCAAAUAUAGCUUUAGAGUGCUCUUCUGAGAAGUUGGCAAAUUUAGAGAAUCUCUUAUUGCAUAUCUUGGCUGGCAAAAUCGAUAUCGGAGCAAUUGAUGUUGAAAAUAAUGACAUAUCAGCAGAAUUGAUUGAAAAGGCUUUCACAUUCGAUCUACUCUAUGCGCUGCUAAGUUUUGAGUUGAGAGAGCUGGACAAUUUGAUGGGUGAUCUUCAAGAACUAAUUGUUGAUGCCCUUCGUAAGAUAUCUGCUUGUGAUCAUUCGACGGAACUGCUCAUUGGGCCGGUAAGUAAAUUGCAUGACUCUGAAGAAUUAGUAAAACAGUCACAAGAGCGUAUUUUGGAGAUGAAAAUUCAAUUAGCCAAGUUGCAGAUGACCUCGUUUUCUUCUAAAAAAUAUGAAUGGGAAAAUGGCUUGGUUGUGGGGGUAAAUGAAGAACUUCAUUUAGCAAGCACAGAAUGGAAGCCUGCAACACGGACAAUUGAACAAAGACGUACCCUCCGAAUGUUGGAAAAAUCUCUUGCACGAGAGCUGGAACUUGAAAAGAAGUUAACUGAGCUCAAACAGAAUGAAGAAGAUCUGAAGUUAAAGAAACGGUUAACUGAACAAGUUGCCAUCUGCAUGGAAGAGGCAGCGGAGGUUGCUUGGGGUAGGUUCUUAGAGGCCGAUAAUAGAGCAGAAGUACUGAUGGGGAUAACAAAAGAAAUGGUGGGAAAGGUACAGAUUGUUCACUUGAAUUUUAGCAAUUCAACCAAGAGGGAACACGAGUUAAACAGUAAAUUGCAGGAUUGCAUAAAUCAGUUAAAUGUAAAAGAAACUUCAAUCGAGAAACUCAACUGCAGAAUUACAGAGCUUGUCGCUGAUAAUGCUGAAGUAACAGGUUUAAGAGAAAAGGUUCAGAUGCUAGAAGAAAAGCUUAAAAUAACUGAAUCCAAGCUUGAGGAGGCAAAUAGUUCGAACGAGAUGAGUCAACAUCAACUUAAAGAAAUGGAAGCUGAAAUCGAGUCUUUAAGGGAGAAGAGAGACACAGCAGAGAGUAGGGCUGAAAGUGCUGAGCAGAAAGCUACACAUUUAACCGACUCAAACCUUGAACUGACAGAAGAGCUCGACUUUCUGAAAAAUAGUAAUGAAAGCCAUACGAAAAAGGUCAGCGUACUUGAGAAGCAGUUGAGGGAGUUAGAUAUCCAACUCCAACAUUCUAGGGCGUCCUCCGAGGCAAGCCAAGAGCAACAGAGUAUGUUAUAUACUGCAAUAUGGGACAUGGAAACAUUAAUUGAUGAACUGAAACAAAAGGUAGCAAUAGCUGAAAGUAAGACCGAAAGUGCGGAGGAGCAAUGCAUUAUUUUGUCCGAGAAAAACUCAGAAAUUAACAAAGAACUUGAGUUUCUAAGAUCUAGAAUGGAAUUCAUGGAGAAAUCUUUGGAUGAAUCUACUCUUGAAAAACAAUCAUGCGCAAAAGACAUCAGCAUAAAAACAAGUUUGAUUAUGGAUACAGUUAUGCAACUAGCAAUGGAGAGGGAACGUGUGCAGAAACAGUUAAUCUCCUUGACAAAGGAAAAUAAAGUAUUGAUAGAGAAAUUACGUAAAGAACGGCAGAAUGCAUCUGUAAUUCUGCAAGACAGCAGGAGCUGUGAUGGGAAAGAGGUGCUGUUAUCUGCGCUCGAUUCAGCUGAUUUUGAGUCUGGAAAAACUUCACCAGUGAAUAACACAGAUAUCUCCUAUUCAGAAAGUUUCCAGGUCGAUCAAUCAACCAAGAAUGCUCUCCCAGAUGAGAAUGAAACAGGGUCCUCCAGUUCCGAAAACGUCGAGGAUGAGAGGCUGGAUGAGACUAGGAACUACCGCAGAACAUUUAUAUUCAUGGCUGUUCUUGUUCUGUUGCUAUCAGUAUUAGCUGGACAUUUGUUUCCGAAAAAAUUCGCCAUCCUUAAACCUGCUGAAAGUUGACUCUUUGUACAACAUACCACAAGAAUUCGUUCUUACGUUUUUUUUUUAAUUUCUAUGUACAUAAUUCUUGGAGGUGUUGUUUGUAGUCUGUAAAACUAUUAGUCUUUGUUUGUUGGUGUUUGAAUUCUUGAGUCCUGGAAGGGACUCUACAUUCUUGUAAAUUGUCUGUAGGAUUUAUCUGAUUCCAAGUUUUGAUUGAACGUUGGAUCAGAGGGUAGAAAACGCUAUAAACUUGUGUAUGUAUUGAUCUAA